UGGUUUUUUGCCCAAAUUUUACGUUUCUAUAGCGCAUUUGUACUUUCUUUUAUCCUUCUGAUUUAUUUGGUAAUUUUGGUUUGGGAGAUCUCACCAACCAAGAUCAACGUAGUUACAUCCUCUCUUGACUAGUGACAUUUUUUGCAUAAUAAUUUUUCUUCUCACGUCAAUUAUUUAAGCUCACAAUCUCCACCAAUUUGUCACAAAUCCAUUCAUCGGGUAAUACCUUGCUCUCACGUUCAAGUGUUCGAUCGUCCCUUUUGUUCAAGAAUCGCAAACUCGGAACAUUAAUGGCAUUUUUUCUUAACUCCAAGCAUAUUGUUUUGCAAUGUAUGUUAUUAGUUCUUAGCAUUGCUUGUUCGUGCUUGCAUGCUAGUGAACAUCCUUUGACGUUAGAUUACUACAAAUCUACAUGCCCAACUGUUCUUGAGAUUGUUAGGAAAGAAAUGGAAUGUGCAGUGCUGUCUGAUCCGCGUAACGCAGCCUUGAUUUUACGUCUACAUUUCCACGACUGCUUCGUUCAGGGUUGCGAUGGAUCGGUUUUGCUGGACGAUACCAUCACGCUUCAAGGAGAAAAGAAAGCACCAGAAAAUCUACAUGCUUUAAAGGGAUUCAGAAUCAUUGACAGGAUCAAGAACCGGCUCGAAUCGGAGUGUCCCAAGACGGUAUCUUGUGCUGAUAUUCUCACUAUUGCAGCUAGAGAUGCAGUUCUUCUGGUUGGUGGACCUUAUUGGGAUGUUCCUUUAGGCAGAAAGGACUCAAAAAAUGCAGGCUAUGAGCUUACAGAAAGAAAUCUCCCCAAAGCAAAUGAUGGACUGCUCUCCAUCAUUUCAAAGUUUAUUUCUCAGGGUCUCUCGAUCACCGAUAUGGUAGCUCUUUCUGGUUCACAUACAAUUGGAAUGGCUCGGUGUGUGAAUUUCAGAGAGAGAAUAUAUGGAGAUUUCCCAGCAACUUCAGGAAUGAAUCCAGUUUCACUGAAUUACCUAAGCACUUUAAAAUCUGUCUGUUCGGCUGAUAGAAAAUCAGACCAAAAUGUAUCAGCGAUGGACCAUGUUACGCCGAAUCUUUUCGACAAUUCCUAUUAUCGCAUUCUGUUAAGAGGAGAGGGACUGAUAAAUUCAGAUCAAGAACUAUAUUCCAGUGUUCUAGCCGUUCAAACAAAGAAACUAGUCGAAAAAUAUGCAGGAAACACGAUUGCUUUCUUCGAGCAGUUCUCAGAAUCCAUGGUUAAACUGGGAAAUAUAACAAACCCAGAAACAUAUGUCAAUGGAGAAGUUAGGAAGGAUUGCAGGUUUGUGAAUACAUAAUCAUUACAUACAUAUUUAUCAGAUCGAAAAAUAAGGAUAAAAUUUGAACCCUCAAUUUGAUUCAUUAUGUAUUCAAAAAGUAUAAGAUUUUAUGUAUGAGUUAAGCACACGGAUUUUAGAUGCAAAUCUUCAACAAAUUCUUUGAAGUUCACAAGUGAAUUUAGGUGCGAAAAAUGGAUACUAUGAUCACAAGAAUUAAUGAAGAAUGUUUCUUUUGAUUGAA